UGUUCCCACCACAGUAGCCGAAUAACUGAGCAGACAUUCUUGAGUUCCUGGCUGUUUCACUCAAGUGACCAUACCUUGAGGCCCUUCGAAGUUAAAAUUUAUUGCCUGGACUCAGCAAGGCCUCAACGUUCGCGUUACUUUCAAAAUGCCAGCUCAACACCCACUUCCGCGGUCCUUCAUCAGCCUGUAUCGCUUGUUCCUUCGAACUGCUGGCGCUGCCGUUCUCCAACACCCGGGUGCAACAUCAAAUAUUAGAAGACUUUGGAGGCCAACGUUUGAAGGUGCGGCUCAAGUAACACGUCAAUUACAAUGUAACUCAGUAACUGCACGCGAACGAGAAAACCUUGAGAGGUGGCUUGCGGAUUGGGAGAACAGAAUGGAUAAUUCUCUAUCUCUUCUAUGCACAUCUGCUCAAUCGAGUGGUGUUAGCCAUAGGCUGACGCGCAAUCUCAACCGAAUAAUAAGGUCCCAUCGCGACUGGGUUCGGAGGGAAUAUUGCAACCACAGACAAACGUGGAGACCUCAACUAGAUCCUUCAUCUCCCGAAUAUCUGCCUAAACCGAUCCCCUUGGAAGGCUCAAGGCCUGGCAAAGCUCAAGAAAAGAAGCGGAAAAUCAGACAAUUUGACGAGAAUGGUUGGAAGGCCUUGGGAGAGGUGGUACGGAUGGCAGAAGGCAGACACAGUAUCACGCUCGGACGCAUUCGAUUGAAGCGUGACGCUUCAUAAUGCAGAGGCAAGCCACCAUCACAUUUUUCUCAUCGUCCUUUUCUUUGAACUAGGGUUUGUCUUGAUGCGACUCUCUCGGGGCCAGCACCGGUCGGUCCAUAUUUGACGCCACCUGCUUUUCUUCGAAUUAUGGGGACUCGAUUCGAAACAAUAAUAGGUUGCGGCUUCAUGGCAGUUCCAUACACCAUAUCUUCACGCACUUAUUGUACCCUGACACGUCAAAGCAUUCUACUGCACGCCUAAACCUCAUUCGAGC